UUCGUAUCUUUGUUUCAUUUGUAUAACUUGUUGUAUUCUUAUCACAAAAUUGAUAACUUUAUCACUUUAUGACUAAAAACGAUAGUUGUUAUUACAUCAAUUACCGAAGAUCUACCAUACUAAGUUUCAGUGGGUCAAUUGCUAAGCCACAAAGUUAUAAUAAUGGUACAAGUAGUCCAAAGUUUUGAUCCUUCCAUGUUCAAAAAUAUCCAUAUAAAUAGAAAUAGCGUGGAUGCUCAAGUUAAAACAAUUUUGGAUAAAAAUCCGGUGACCAGCACUGAGAACCUGAAUGCUUGGUUACUUAAAGCUAUCACUGUUAUUGACUUGACUACUUUAGCUGGCGACGACACUGCCUCUAACGUUUUGAGACUCUGUAUAAAGGCUGCCCAUCCAUUACCAACAAAAUUAAUGAGUGAUUUGGGACUCAAUGAGGAUGAGAAAGUGCGCACAGCUGCAGUAUGUGUAUACCCCAACAGAGUUUCUGAUGCAUACAGUGCACUCAAGCGCAUGGGCUUGACUGAUGAAAUACAAGUGGCUUCUGUUGCCACUGGCUUCCCAUCUGGUUUAUAUCCUCUGCAACCGAGGCUCCUCGAAAUCAGAAAAGCUGUAGAUGACGGAGCAACCGAAAUAGAUGUAGUCCUGGACCGCAGUCUCGUGCUGACUGGGAAGUGGGACGUCCUGUAUAAUGAGGUGGCACAGAUGCGGAAGGAAUGUGGGACGGCUCACCUUAAGGUCAUACUUGGCGUAGGAGAACUUGGGACAUAUGAAAAUGUGUACAAAGCUUCGAUGGUGUCCAUGAUGGCCGGUGCCGACCUUAUCAAGACCUCCACGGGAAAGGAGGCAGUGAACGCGACCCUACCAGUAGGGCUGGUCAUGUGUAGGGCCAUAAGGAAGUUCUACCAAAUGACGGGACACAAGGUGGGCCUGAAGCCAGCAGGCGGCAUCAAGACGGGCCGCGACGCCGUCAACUGGUUAGUACUAGUGUACACCGAGCUCGGACCUGAGUGGUUGGACCCCAAGCUCUUCCGAAUUGGCGCUUCCAGCGUUCUCGACGAUAUUGUCAACCAUCUCCAAAAUAACGCGGUGGAGUUUAAACAGUGAUUUCAAACGUAAAUAAGUUUGAAUUUGGAAUUGGUUGCGAGAGUAUACAGUAAACAAACAAUAAAUGAGUUUUAUAAUUGAUAUUACGGCUGUUAUGCGGAGCAAUAAUUUAGUUUAUAUAUUGAAUCUUUACAAGGAUAAAUACCAUUAAAUUGACGAGCAAUAUUUUAAACAGAGGUAUAUUUUCGAUGUGAUUGAGAUAAAAAGUAAAAACCCGCGCGAUGUCCAUAUAUUCCGCGGCAAGUUGUUUUGGCUGGCGCGGCGCGCCAUAUGUUUUGUUUCCUUCUAAUUUCCUGACUUUACGCCCUUUAAGUAAGUUAAGCUCAGAGAGCCUACCGUGAACCACGUUCGACGUGUUGCCUCUCUGUCGCACUUGUAAAUUCGUACGUAAUUGUGUGGUACGAACGAGUUAACGUACCUGCUCUGCUCUAUGGACACGAAUCAAUGCCUAGCUAAUCGUGCAUGCAGGUGUAUUUGGAUGUUUCCGAGGCAUCUGUGACACAAAACAAAAUAUUCAAUUUAAUGUGUAGUAUUAUUUUUAAAGUAAUAUUUUUAAUUUUAAGAGGAUGUUUGUCAGAAAUAAUUUUAUUGGAAGUGCUAGUACCAAAAAUAAAACACAUUGUUUAAA